UAAGUACACAGAUCUACUUACUACGUCCAGUUAAUUAUGGUCUAAAAUAAUUCAUGUUUUUAGUUUAUACCCGGGUCUUUCCUGAGUGUCCUUUUGAGCUGAAGCAUCGAGAAAUACAUAAUUUAUAAUACUAGUGUUAUUUCAUGUAUGUUUAGCAGUUUACUGUUAUAAACAUUUGAGCUUUCUUAAUGUGGCACAGUGACGGUUUAUUAAUACCAUUCGACGUAUUAUUUUAGUGCAUUGCAUACAGAUUUAGUGGUAUUCAAGGCCGUACGAUGAAUCUUUCAGACCCUUCUGAUGAGGAGAGUAGCAGUGAUGAGAGCACCACAAUACCAGCGAAGCGAUCUCGAGCGGACACGUAUGGAGCAUCAUCAACGACAUCCCAUGGCUCUGCUCUUCAAGAAUCAGAUAAGGACAGUCCAGACACACCAGUUUUUGACAGCUAUGGAGGUGAUUUUCAACAACCAGGGAAAAUAAGGCAAAGUUAUGGUGACCAAAGUCCUGAAGAGAAUAUAAGGUUAAGCAGAAGUAGUUUAAGUGAAAAUUGUUCAUCACCAAAUGAUAAUCAAUAUGAUGAUUAUCGGCCAGUAUUUGAUGAGGCAGAAGGGGGCGAAGAAUCUGGGCGUCCUAGUUUCCUGGAUUCUGGAGAUGCUUUCUACAAUAAGAAUAAUGAACACAACAAAAAUUUUGAGGAUGCAUACAGUGCAAAGUAUUCAGACAAAUCUAAGCGAAUCAUGAUGAAUAUGGGUUUUAAACCAGGAAAAGGUCUAGGUAAAUUUGAACAUGGUAGAACACAACCUGUAGAGGCAUCAGCUCAAAAAGGUCGCAGAGGUUUGGGAGCUAAACCUUCAGCUGUAGGAGCAUUGCCGGAAGAUAUCAAAGAAGUAACAGAGGAAGCCAAGCCAGAAGCAAGGGAACAAGUGUUAUGGCUCGAUCCUGCCCCAGAUGAACCAUUAUCUGGUGAUCUGUUGGAGAAAUGGCUUCGACGAGGCACCAAAAAAACAACUAUUGAUGAUGAAACACAUUUUGUUGACCCUGCUAUUUUAAAAGGGGUAUUGGAUUCUAAGACCAUUUUUGACAGUUUAGAUGAUGAAGAUUUACGUCAUGCGAGAUAUCGAAGUAAUCCUUAUGAGACUAUUGGUUCAGUAAUAUUCUUGAACAGAGCUGCAGUGAAGAUGGCCAAUAUUGAUGCUGUAUUUGAUUUUAAUUUCACUAACCCUAAAAAGCAAAAUGGAGAAGAUGCUGUAGAUAAGAAAGAAAUCUUGUAUUUUGCUGAUGUAUGUGCUGGUCCAGGAGGAUUUUCAGAAUAUGUGUUGUACCGUAAAGGUUGGAGAGCAAAAGGUUUUGGUUUUACAUUAAAAGGGCCAAAUGACUUUAAGUUAUCAGAUUUCUAUGCUGGAUCACCUGAAACUUUCAACCCAUAUUAUGGGGUGAAGAAUGAUGGCAAUAUAUUUGAUCCUGCAAAUUUGAUAUCAUUGAAGGAGCAUGUAUUGAAGCAAACUGAUGACAAAGGAGUACAUUUUCUUAUGGCUGAUGGUGGUUUCUCAGUGCAAGGCCAAGAAAAUAUACAAGAAAUAUUGUCCAAGCAGCUCUACCUAUGUCAGUGUCUAGCAGCAUUGAUGCUUGUGAGGACUGGUGGCCAUUUUGUGGUGAAACUCUUUGAUGUGUUCACAUUGUUUAGUGUUGGCUUGAUUUAUAUAUUGUACAGAUGCUUUGAUAAAGUUUGCAUUCACAAGCCUGUGACGUCGAGACCUGCUAACUCCGAGCGAUACCUUGUAUGUUUGUGGAAGAGGUUGGGCACAGAACCAGCAGAACAGCACCUUGCGUCAGUUAACUCAAUAUUAUGGAGCGACGUUGAAAGGGGUGGAGACGUCACGCAACUUGUACCUUUAAGUGUUCUGGAAGAAGAUAAAAACUUCUUUGAAUACAUUUAUAAAAGCAAUUGCCUACUUGGUGAAAGACAAAUUCAAAAUUUACUUAAGAUAGCUAGAUACAGUAAAGAUAAAAAUUUAAAAGAAACUACUCAAGCAGAAAUGAAAGAGCAGUGUUUGGCAUUGUGGAAAUUGCCUGACGCAGUAAGAAUGCAGCCAGAACGUAGAGGGCAUGACGACACAUUAACAGCUAUCCGAUCUCUGAUAAAAAGACCGGGAUCUGAUUCUGAAAGCUUGUACUUUUUUAAAGCAAACAUAUUGAACAAACCGCCUAGCUAUUUAGAGAACCCAUCAGAACUAAAGACGUAUUUCAAAAAUAUAUUAGAUUGGCAUUUUGUGUUUUUGAGCAGCGGGAAAAAUAGUCCUGAUUUAAGAAUAUUUAUAGGAUGUGGUGGAAAACAAGUUUUUCAAUUGGAAUCAAAUUCGUGGAGGACAGUUGUAGAUUUACAUUUGACGUUACCGGCCAAAACACUGAUAUAUGGUGAAGUGGUUAAAGAAUAUCGGGGACAGGGAAACAAUCAAAUUUAUAGCAAAUCUUUGCACAUUAUUGAUGCUUUAAUGUUAGGUGGAAUUGAUAUUUCAGGAGAUUCUUUAACUGAAAGGAUAAAUCAAUGUAAUCUGUUUUGUUCAGCGUUAAAUAAACCGUUUGAUACUCAAGCUCUUCCAAUACGAACAAAGAGGCUAUACAGUAUGGAUCAAUUUGAAACAGCAGUUAGUAAUUUGGAGUAUCGUGCCAUGAAACGAGUGAAAAGAGCAAUAACUAUAAAUACGCCUGAUAGAAUAAACAGAAAUGAAAUGUUUUAUGUAGUCGGAUCUGUUUUGUUGCUAAAAGAAGUAAAAGAACCUUGGAUUGCGGUGAUAUCGAAGAGCAGUGGCCGUAAAUACUAUUUCAGUAUGGGUAGGGAUGGUAAGAGAAAUAGUGAGUACGAAAUACCACCAGGCGCCAAGCUGGAUAUGUUGAGCGCACACACACGACGUGUUAUGUGGCCUUGGGAGCCAUCAGCCAGUGCUAUAUUCGACAGCCAAACUAGAGACAGUGUCACACGAGCUGACAUGGAGGAAUAUAUCACAAGUGUGUUGAAUAAAUAAAUUACAGAUAACACAACUUACGAAGCCCGAUUUCACAGUACAGAAAGGCGUAUGUUAAUAUAGAAUAGAUAUAGGAAUACUUUGUUAUUUAAUUAUUAAGCUUUAAAUAAAUUCUUUAUCAAUAAUUUUACAAUAACGAUAGUAAUAUGGUGACGCGAUCCCCCUUUUGUACACAGAAACUUGUCUCUAAUCAGUUUAAAAUUAGUGAUGCAAUGCUGUGUACUUUUAUGAUUCAGAAUAAAAUAAAGUUUGUAAAGUAAUAAUUCUAUUGUAUUAAAUGAUUUCAAUGUUUAAGUAAUUUUUUAUCUAACAUGUAAUAAUAUCUACAUAUGUUCACGCACACCUUUCCCUCAUGGGCAUUGACAAAAUCACAAUCACAAAAUUACAUCUUGCAUUCUUCUCUUGAGAUUCUUGCAUUUAGCCUCAUGGCUAUACACAACCACAUGGUUUAACUUUUACCUUAGAGCAUUCAUAAUAAUUAUGCUCUAAGGUAAGACUAUUCCUUCCUAUCUUAUGAGAACCUCGUAAAUGAGGUCAAUAUGUGAUGUGCGUCUCCUGCCUUUAAACUUUUCAUAAUCAUAGGAUUAUCCGUUAUAUCGUUAAUUGUUUCCAUAUGUCCAAACCAUCAUUAUUGUUACCCUUUUAUUCACGAAAUCAUCCAUUGCAUAUUAUGUUGCGUAACAGUCUUAUCUCUACUCUACAAUCAGUAAUAAACUUCUAAAACAACACAAAAAUAAGUAAUAAUAAGAUAGUAUUUCAAAAUUUUUGUUUGCUUUUGCUACUUAGCAAAAAUCACUUUUCCUACUUGUCAAAUCGGGCCUUAUAGAUUUGGGACUGACUGUUUUUAUCCAUUUCAUUUAAUUUAGUUAUUAUUUAAGGAUAAAUAAAUAUUAAUUAAACAAAUAGGUAAAAUAUAAUAAGGAU